GUGUGUUGUAUUUGUUGGCAUUCUGUACUAAAACUAAACUAAGAAUAUUGGGGCUUUAUAUGAUGUUAAUUUUUAAUAUUACAAAAUAUAAUUUAUUAUUUUAUUAUGUAAUUUAUGUAUUUUUGGAAUAAAUUUUUAAGUUGAGUUUCAAAUUAUAUUCAAGAAGUUUCUUACUGAAAGGCGUAGACACAGUAUAGCAACAAGAAUGAAAGUUUGAAAAUAUCCAUGGUGAAAAUUGCAGUAUUUUAGACGUAAUAUCGAUUAAAUGCCAAGCAUUAGCAUUUCAAAGAAACAAAAAACGUGGUGCCUUCAAGUUCUUGCGGCAUUCAACAUUGUAUUCUGCUUGUACAACGUCCUAACACACGACCAUGCCAACAGCAGUCUAUCUGUCAACUCAAGCUAUAGAGAUUUAGAGCCGGCCUCUGACGAUAAGUACGAGGUUCCGAACAUUGUGCACUUCAUCUGGUAUGCCACGGAGUCACUGCCUCUUAACUUCAACCACAUGCUUUCCAUCCUCAGUGCUCACAAAAUCUUGCAACCUAGUCACAUAUUCUUCCACACCAACAAUCCCCCAGUUGGCAAAUAUUGGGAGGCCGUCUUGAAAUUGGACAACUUUGUGGUGAACAUGCGGCAGCCACCGACGACGUUGUUCAACGAAACUGUGAAGCCCCCUCAGUUCUACACGUCGCAUUCCAACGUGGAUCGAGUGAAGGUGCUGAUGGAGGUCGGAGGAAUUUAUUUGGAUCUUGAUGUCAUCGUCACCAGGCCUUUUGAUGACCUGAGGAAAUAUCCUUGCACCAUUGGGAAGGAGCAAGAUGACCAGGCCUGUGGAAGUGUCAUCGUGUGUUCCAAACAUUCGACAUUCCUCCUCCUCUGGAUCAACUCCUUCCUCGACGAUUACAGAAUUGAUGUCUGGGCCUACAACAGCGGGAAGGUUCCUUAUAAUUUAGCCAGACGUUUUCCUCAUUUAGUUCAUUUGGACGAAAAUAAACUAAAUCGACCAAAUUUUGAUGAACUUGAUGUCAUCUGGGGUGAAGGUCGUUUUGAUUGGAGGUCAAAUUACGCCGUACACACGUGGUACAGAUUGUGGAAAAGUCAAAGUCCUUUCUAUCACGGCGUGGAACCAAACGAAGUGAACAUCAAAACGUGGAACUCCAGCUUCGGAGAGAUGGCGAGGAGUGUUUUGUACGGUGGCAGCAAGAUGAUGGAUUCGGAUCUUGUCGUUCUAUGAAAUGCUUUGCUGAUAAAGAAUGCACACUUUGUGCAGAAGUGGUUUUGAAAGGUAACAUGUAUCUUCAGCUACGUUGGUCACAUGGUUCGUUUGAAACGAAAUAGCAGUACAAAUUUUUACAAAUUAAAAUAUUUGUUAUUUUGAUCGUUUAUAAGAUACAAAAGUUUACGUUUAUUUAAUUUAUGUAAAUAAA